AUGUUGACAAAAUUCGAGACGAAAUCGAACCGCGUGAAAGGCCUCUCGUUCCACCCGAAACGGCCGUGGAUUUUAGCCUCGUUACACAGCGGUGUCGUGCAAUUGUGGGACUACCGAAUGGGAACGCUGAUCGACCGAUUCGACGAACACGACGGACCGGUUCGUGGGGUGGAUUUUCACACCAACCAACCGCUGUUCGUUUCCGGGGGAGACGAUUAUAAAAUAAAGGUGUGGAACUACAAGCUCCGUAGAUGUUUAUUCACCUUACUCGGACACUUGGACUACAUCCGAACGGUGCAGUUUCACGUGGAACACCCGUGGAUCGUCUCCGCGUCGGACGAUCAAACCAUUCGCAUUUGGAACUGGCAAUCUAGGAAUUGCAUCUCGGUGUUGACGGGACACAAUCAUUACGUCAUGUGCGCUUCGUUUCAUUUGAAGGAUGACUUGGUCGUUUCGGCGUCGUUGGAUCAAACCGUACGAGUGUGGGAUAUCGUCGCGCUGAGGAAGAAAGUUGCCUCGCCGGGAGGUCCGCAAAGACCGAGCGAAUUGGAUUUGAAAAUCCCGCAAAUGAACGCGGAUUUGUUUGGUGGCGGUGAUGCGGUGGUGAAGUACGUGUUGGAAGGCCACGAUCGAGGCGUCAAUUGGGCGUCGUUUCACCCGAGUUUACCGCUGAUCGUCUCCGGCGCGGACGAUCGCCAAGUGAAAUUAUGGCGCAUGAACGACACGAAAGCCUGGGAAGUGGACACGUUGAGAGGUCACGUGAACAACGUGUCGUGCGUGAUGUUCCACGCGCGACAAGAUAUCAUCGUUUCCAACUCUGAGGAUAAAUCGAUUCGAGUUUGGGACAUGAGUAAAAGAUCGGGCGCGCAAACCUUUCGAAGAGAAAACGAUCGAUUCUGGAUUUUGUCCGCGCACCCGAACUUGAACUUGUUGGCUGCCGGGCACGAUUCUGGGAUGAUUGUUUUUAAAUUGGAAAGAGAACGACCGGCGUACGCCUCGCACGCGAACAUGCUGUAUUACGUAAAGGAUCGAUACUUGCGUUCGUUUGAGUUUGAAAGUCAAAGAGAUAAUCCUUUGGUGUCCGUGAGACGACCUCCGGGCGGUGGAAACAACUCUGGUUUCCGCAACUUAAGUUACAACCCGGCUGAAAACGCGGUGUUGAUCAACUCCGACAGCGAAGGUGGAUCGUACGAGUUGCACGUCUUGCCGAAAGACGACGGUCGCUCGGGCGAAGUCGGUAACGAGCCGAGACGAGGUCAAGGCGUUUCCGCGACGUUCAUCGCGCGGAAUAGGUUUGCCGUUUUGGACAAAUCCACGCACCAAAUCUUAAUCAAAGACUUGAAAAACGAAGUCACGAAGAAGUGCGUCCCUCCGGAUUCCACCGUGGACGCCAUCUUUUACGCCGGCACCGGAUCUCUCUUGUGCCGAGCCGAAGAUCGCAUGAUUUUGUUCGACGUUCAACAAAGAGCCGCGAUGGCGGAAAUAACGACGCCGUUGAUUAAAUACGUCGUUUGGUCCAACGACAUGUCUUUGGUUGCCAUGUUAUCGAAACACGCGAUCGUAAUCGCCAACAGAAAGCUUGGGCACGCGUGCACGGUGCACGAAACCAUUCGCGUGAAAUCAGGCGCCUGGGACGAUAGAGGCGUGUUCAUUUACACGACUUUGAACCACAUCAAAUACGCGUUACCGAACGGUGAUUCCGGGAUUAUCCGAACGUUGGAUAACGCGGUGUAUGUGACCAAAGUCAUCGGCAACGUCGUCCAUUGCUUGGACCGAGACGGUAAAAACAGACGCAUUCAAAUCGACUCGACAGAGUACGUCUUCAAGCUCGCUUUGGUUCAGCGCAAAUUCGAUCAGGUUUUAUCGAUGAUCAAAUCGAACGUCUUGUGCGGUCAAUCGAUCAUCGCGUAUUUGCAAAAGAAAGGGUACCCAGAAAUUGCUUUGCACUUUGUGAGAGACGAACAAACGCGAUUCGCGCUGGCGGUUGAGUGCGGCAACAUUGAAGUCGCGUUGGCUGCCGCGCAAGCGUUGGACGAGAAAGAAACGUGGCAUAAACUCGGCGUGGAAGCUUUGAGACAAGGGAACCACCAAAUCGUCGAGUUUGCGUACCAAAAGACGAAAAAUUUUGAGCGCUUAUCGUUCUUGUAUUUAAUCACGGGGAACAUUGAAAAGCUGCAAAAAAUGUUGAAGAUUUCCGAAAUGCGCGCGGACGUCAUGGGUCAAUUCCACAACGCGUUGUACUUAGGCGACGUUACGGAACGCGUUAAAAUCCUCGAAUCCGCCGGUCACCACCCGUUAGCAUACGUGACGGCGAAGACGCACGGUUUAGAAACCGACGCGGAGAGAAUAGCGGAGGAGUUGAGAGAAGCCGGGGCCAAGGUUCCGGAUAUCGACGCUUCAGUCGGAGAGUUGUUGACGCCACCGGAACCGAUUUUGAAGGAAGAUAACUGGCCUUUGUUGACCGUAUCCAAAGGAUUCUUUGAAGGCGUCUUGUCCGGCGAAGUUUCCGCCUCGCAAUACCAAAUGGACGAGAGCGAGAUGGAAGGUGUCGGAGGCGAUUGGGGCGACGGCGACGAUUUGGAUUUGGGCGUCGGCGGCGACGACGACGAGAUGGAAAAAGACGAUCCUUUGGCGAACAUCUUACCCGGCGGAGACGACGAAGAAGACAGAUCACAAGACGGCUCAGACGCUGGUUGGGAUAUGGAAGAUAUGGACUUACCGGCGGCGGAUUUAGUCGGUGGAAGCCAGCCGGGAUCGCCGACGGGUAUCCAAGCGGGCGAAAUGUUUGUCGCGCCGAGCGCCGGCGUAGACCCGAGACAAAAGUGGACGGCCAAAUCCGCGGUCGCUGGCGAUCACGCGGCAGCUGGGGAAUUCGAUGGCGCCAUGAAACUCUUAUCCAGACAAUUAGGCAUCGUAAACUUCAAACCGUUGAAACAAAUGUUUGUGGAUUGCGCGUUUGCGAGUACCGGGGUGUUACCCGGUUCGCUCUCUGAAGGCGACGCCGCGAAGAUGCGGGUGAUUUUAUCUAGAAACUGGGACUCGUCCGAUCCUAUCGGCCAAGUCAAACCGCCGAAUUUGUUGGGCACGUUGCCAAUUCUCGAGGAGAAGUUGAAGCAAGCGUAUAGAAAAGUCACGGAAGGGAAAUUCUCGGACGCGUUGAACUUGUUCGUGAACAUUAUUCACUCGAUCACUUUGUUAUCCGUGGAAACGAGACGCGAAGUGGACGAGGUGAAAGAGUUGUUGGCUAUUGCGAGAGAUUACGCCGUCGCUUUACGAAUCGAAUUGAGUCGCAAAGAAGUCGCGAAAUCGGAUCCGAACCGAGCCGCCGAGUUGGCGGCGUAUUUCACGCACCAAAAUUUACAACCGAUUCACUCCUCGUUAUCCUUGAGAUCGGCGAUGACUAUCUUUUACAAGAUGCAAAACUUCCAAACCGCGGCUGGGUUUUCUCGAAGAUUGUUAGAGCUUAACCCACCCGCAAACGUGGCCACGCAAGCGAAACAGGUUUUGCAAGUGUGCGAGAAACAGAACAAAGACGCCGUGGAGUUGAAUUACGAUUCUCGCAAUCCGUUUGUCGUCUGUUCCGGGACGCUGACGCCAAUCUACAGAGGCACCAAAGAUCUCGCGUGCUCCUGUUGCGGGGCGAAGUACGUCGUCGAGAAGAAAGACGCUCUGUGCGAUGUUUGCAACUUGGGUAAAGUAGGCGCGGAUGCGACUGGUUUAGUCGUUUCGGAGACGCAAAGUUCAUCAUCGUCCAGGCGUUGA